CCGUGAUCUCCUUGCUGACGGGUAGCUCUCCUUACACGUUGCUAGAAAGUCUCGCACGCUGCUGGAAGACUCCGAAUAAUCACGAGCUCCCAUGCAUGCGCUCGCGCAACCACCAUGAGCGAACCCGUUGUAGCGACCGCAGACGCGCCCAAGACCACCACCGAUGAACGCCUCGGAGACGUUGCAGAGCAUGUCGCCGCAGAUACAACAUUCCAGAAACAGGCAGAGCAGCUGCCACCCUUUGACGUGAAGGCACUCACGGAUCGCGCCUUGCAGUUCUUGGCAACAGCCAGCAACGAGACGCUUGGUGCGUGUCUCAUAGGUCUCGGCGCAGGCACAUACUUGAUACUUGGCCGAGUCGGUCUGGUGCUUAUCGGUGUCGUUGGUGGAGUUGUACUGCAUGCAACAUGGGAGGGACAGUCGCAGCACGGCGAGGGCACAGGGCUGAAGGGGAAGAAUAGCGAAGCCCUGAAACGAGAGCUGGGCGCGCAGGUAGCGAACAGGAUUUUGGACUGGCGCGGACAAAAGGACACACAAGACGGCGACAAGGAAGACUCCGACUUGAGCCUGAAGCUAUACUCCGGCAGGAACCUCGACUAUUCAGAGUUCAAGCCAGAGACAGCCGCCGCGCUCACAGAGUUGACGGAUGCUGUCGUCCGGGACUAUGUCAAAUGGUGGUAUUCACCGAUUCUGCCUGCCGAAGAUGCCUUCCCCAAUUCUUGCCGCCAAACCCUCACUGCCUUUAUGCUUUCUGUGUCAGCACACCUCUCUCGCAAGCGGCCCGCCGACAACUUCGUCGACUUCGUAACGCGCUCGUCCUCAUUCAUGAUCAUCCUUCUGCAAGAGCUGUCAGCGGCCAUAAUGUCGUCCCCUGGCGAUGCACCGAGCGAAGCUGUCGAUAUUUACCUUAAGAAACAACGAGACAGCACCCUCGCGAGUAUCCUUGAUACCGAGUACCAGACACAGCAGUUCAGCGUCGCUGCUGAGGAUAUACUUCAAAACUACCUCGAACACAAGACAUACAACUGCAUGCCAGCAAGGCUAUUCUUACACCAAAUCCUUGCCAAAGUCAUAUUGGAGAUGAUCGUGGUGAGCUGUUCCAAGCCUGAGUUCAUCAACGGCUGGAUCGUGUAUCUGCUAGAGGACGGCGAGCCCGAGCUCAUGAAUGCUAUUGACGCAGGCGUCGAAGGAUCAUCCGGGCAGCUGCAAAACGUCAAGGACAACAUCGAGAAGACCACGGGCAAGAUAAUGUCGCCAGAGCGGAGAGAGCACCAAAGAAAUGUUAGCAGAGCUCAGGAUGCGAUGGACGAAGCAAUGCACGAAGCCCAGCGUCUGAGUCGAAUGAUUGCCGAGGAAGAUGCAAAGCGCCUGAAGAGCAUGGGUGAAUCAACCUCAUCUUUGACUGAUGACCAGUCCGCAAGUACCACACAAGGGAUUGUGACCCCAACGUCUUCACAAAGCGAGGCUACCGCUGAAGGCGAGGCGGCAGGCCUGGGUAUCUCUGCACUGCCUUCACAGUCAUCGCAUCAGCUUGCUCAAGCCUCGCCACCACCAGCCUCGCCACCAACAGCUGCUGAGGAGUCGAAGAAGGCGUUCACAAGCUUUGAUCAGCUACUGGGCAACAACCCGCCGACCGCUUUACUCGACGACGAUGAACGUCCAGUACACACCAGAGUCCCGCCCCUCACUCUUUACAACAGUACAAUGUCCAUCUUCGACGACAGUAUGCCAGGAGAGAAGGCCGUUAUAAGAAACAAGCCGAAUGUAGAGUAUUUGGUCCAGAUAGAACCUUCGUCUCACCAUCAUCCUGGAUGGAUGACCGCUCGGACAUAUGCAGAAUUCGAAACGCUGCACGAAGUCAUCCGUCGCAUUGCAGCUAUUACCGGCGCAACUGGAUUCAUCGAGGCUCACGCGCAGCUCCCCGGAUGGAAAGGCCACACCAAACCCUCGCUUCGAGGUGAGCUUGAGCGCUAUUUGAACGACGCAGUUAAGUACAAAUCGCUUGCCGAGAGUGAGGGUAUGAAGCGUUUCCUGGAGAAAGAGCUGGGGACUGGUAAGACACCGGGCAGCGGCUUUCCUGGUAUCGGUUGGGCGGGGCAGACUUUUGACACCAUGGGCAGAGGAUUAGGUUCGACCUUUGACGCACUGUCCAAGGCGCCCAAGGAGGUCGCCGGAGGAGGCAAAGCGCUCUUCGGCGGUGUCACUGGUGUUCUAGGCAGCGUUGCACCCUUCGGUGCGAAAAAGAACAGGGAUUCUGUCACGAGUACUACCGUCACUAACGCAGCAAGCGCGAGUGGCAGCACCGCAAGCCUCUCGCGCACUUCCACAAAUACAAGUGAGCCUCUCAAAACUCGCCACAGCCGGGCCGAGUCUAUUGUACCAGAGCUCCCCACACAUAUCCGUUCAGAGAGCACAUUAUCGAUGGCAUCCAAACGCGCGUCGAUGGAGUCGCUUCGCAAUUCCAACUCCCCGAUCAUCGACCAGCAGCCUCAGCGAGAGGCUCAGAUGGAGCGCCGACCCUCAUACAAUCCCGAUGGCGAUGGCAAGCGUUCUGGUCGCUCCUCCCGUUAUGGCUCAAGGGCAGGCAGUCGCGCACCGAGCCCCAAGAGAAGUAUGGAUCUGACCUCUGCCCUAGGCGGCGACCAGAUCAUGAACCUGCCACCCAUGCCGAGCGAAAUCGAGGACGACUACAAUGUCGCACUAUCUCGUGCUUCUCUCGAUCCCUUUCAUGCUCGUAAUGCGUCUCGCACAUCGUUGACCGCCUCCACCAAUAACGACCCCGUGCCGCCUGUACCUUCCUUACCACGCCGUCCGUCAGCGAUCUCCGUGACCACUUCUGCCACGACGUCCCCUUCAAAACCCGUCAGAAAGCCCAGGACGUACAACCCCAUCUCCGAGCCCGAAACAACUGUCCUAAUUGAGCUCUUCUUCGCCGUAAUCAACGAACUAUACACCCUCUCCUCCGCCUGGACACUUCGCCGUACCCUUCUGAACGCCGCGAAAACAUUCCUCCUGCGGCCCGGAAACCCCCAGCUCGCAUCCAUUACCGCUCUUUUUCAAACUACCCUCGACUCCAGCACUUCUGAUGAGGGCAUGGCGCGCCAGCUACGCAAGAUGAGGGAGAACGCGCUGCCGACGGAAGAGGAGCUGAAGAAGUGGCCCCAAGAAGCAAGCGAAGAAGAAAAGGAAAAGCUGAGAGUCAAGGCGAGGAGGUUGCUUGUUGAGAGGGGAAUGCCGAGCGCUUUGACCAGUGUCAUGGGCCAAGCAGCAUCUGGCGAGGCUCUAGGUAAGGUAUUUGAUUGCCUCCAGGAGCCGAGAGUGGCAAGAGGAGUCAUGUUUGGAUUAGUGUUGCAGGGGCUGAGAGCUGUUACUCAGUAAUUGGUACCUGACUUAUAACGAUGUAUGGCUGUACGAUUUGAAUAUAUAAUGAUGAGAUAUUACACU